UAGAAGUUCUAAGAGGAAAACAAAGCAAAGGAGGCUCACAUGGAAACAAAGGCCGCUGCUGGUCAGAUGGUGUAUGAAGAUGUCGUCCCUUCAUACAAGUUUGUUCGAGAGGAAGGAAUCGAUACACUUGUCAUCGAGCUCUCAGAAUUUAAGAAAGAGCAAAUCAGGGUUGAACUUGAUAAGUUUGGGAAACUAAGUAUUAGUGGGGAGCGUCCUCUUGCACACAACAAAAGGAGUCGAUUUCGCAGUGCCUUCGAAGUCCCAGAGGACUGCAAUGAGAUCCGUGCUAAGUUUGAGAAUGGACGUCUCUAUGUGAAAGUAUUGCCAAAGUUCAUCACUGAGACCAGCAUGGAAGCUGCCACCACAAUCAAAGAAACCAGAGUGAAAGAUCAGAAACCGAGCAUUGGCAAAGUUGACAUGAACCAGAAAGCAAUUUCAAGACCAUCUGUUGGGCCAAACGGUGUUCCUAAGAAAAAAGAAGAUGAAAAGAGAGAUGCAGAGAAGGUGGGAGAGAAAGAGAAGGAUCAAAUCGAAGAGAAGAAAGAUAAGAAGCAGCUUGAGGUACUUGAAUCGAGCUUGGCCUUCUCCGAACCAAUGCAGAUCCCGGUUAACCUAAUUGUGGUUGUUCUGGUCUUGCUUGUGAUAGCAUUAUAUGUGACCUUCAAACACUAAGGUUUGCAUGUUUCCAUUGGGACAGUGGAGGCAUUUGUUAUUUAUCAAUUGUAUAUGAUACCUAAAAUGAAAAUAAAG